AUGGUUUUUUAAUAUUUGAAGCCAAAACAAAGGAAUUUUUUUUUCAUAACAGGUAGCCUUUAAUUAUAAGAAGGAACAAUUGAUAUGAAUUAAUGGUUACAUGAUUAUCUGGUUAUCUCUUCUCUUUUCUCAUUCAUAUUUUCUUUAAUAUUUUAUUUAAAAACGGAUAGAUAAAAGAUGAAUAAAGUCAUCUUAACACUAAUGAUAAUUGCAAUAACCUAUGCAACUUAAUCAGAGAUGAAAUCCCAGCAUUUUAAAACUCGAGAGAGUAGUAUUUGAUUAGUAUUUAUUUCAAGGCUUGAGCUUUUAAGAUGCCAAUGAUAUAAAUACAAAUAAAUUCACCUGCUAAAUGGGUUUUGACUUUUAUGAUUACACCAUCAUAGAGUUAUCUAAAUGGGCUGAUAUUAUUGAGCAUAGAGAUUAAUUAUAAAGGGAUUUAACAAUCAUUGAUUAAAUCAGUAGAUUGGUUGACAAGGCAAAACACAUAGACGAUAACUAAUAAUAAAGUAUGUAUGUUAAAAAUUUAGGAAUGUUCUUGCAAAUAACUGGAAGCCUAUAAAAUUCUUUAUUAGAUAUGACUAUUGCUUAAUUAAAUCAUUAAUGGGCUAGAGGAAAUCUAGAUUAAUGCAUAGAAUAUAUGAGAUAAUUCUAAAAUACUGUAGGGCAUACAGAGCGAGUUACUAUGGCAAAUAGAAUUAUGGAUUAUUUAGAAAACAUGAAAUAUUAAAUAAAUAGAAAUUUAAACGAAUGCGCUUAAUAUAGAUAAUCGACAAGAUUGCGUCAAAAAAUAAGGGAUUUGUAGAUGAGAAAAAGAGAAUGUCAAGAGAAUUAUAGCAGAAAUAAUCGAAGAGAUAUUAGUAAUUAAUAUCCAUACAAUAAAAAAAAGAAUUAUGAAUAUGAAUAAGAAUAAGAAUAUGGCUAGUAUCGUUCUAAUUAAGGUUCAUCUGUUACUUAAUAAGACAUCACUUAAAUUAAACCCAAUAGGCAUUAACCUUAUAACAGAUAACCAAUUUUUUAUAAUGAUGACAAUGUUUGCCCUUAGGGAGAAGAGGAUGAUUCACCAAAAAAUUUAACAGAGGAGUAGAAUGAAGAAAGAGUGGAAAAAGUGGAGGAAGAAGAACCUAAAGUCGAAUCACCAGAAGAGCAAGAGAUUGAGAUAGAACCUAGUCCGGAUAGUAAUUAAAUUAAAGAAGAAGAGGAGGAAUAAAAAUUAGAAAAUGAUUCAAAUUUAGAUGACAAAAAGCCAAGAGAAAUAAUAAUAGAAAGAGAAUUUGGCCCAGAUUCGGAACAUUAAAAUAAUUAUGACGAGCCAGAGGAAUGCACAGCUGAUGAAUAAACCGAUUUAGCAUCGGACCCUACAAACAAUAGUAACUCUGAGUAAUCAUAAUAAUAAGAGGAUGAGAAUGAAUAGGAGAUUGAUUAAGAAUAAAAUGCAAUAGAAGAAGACUAAGAAUAAGAUAAAGAAUAGGACAAAGAAUAAGAUAAUGAAUAGGAAAAAGAAGAAGACAAAGAAUAAGAUAAAGAAUAAGACAAAGAAUAAGAUAAUGAAUAGGACAAAGAAUAAGAAAAAGAAGAAGACAAAGAAUAAGACAAAGAGUAGGACAAAGAAUAAGAUAUUGAAUAGGACAAAGAAUAAGACAAAGAAUAGGAAAAAGAAUAAGAUAAAGAAUAAGAUAAUGAUUAAGACAAAGAAUAAGAUAAUGAAUAGGAAAAAGAAUAAGAUUUAGAAUAGGACAAUGAAUAAGACAAAGAAUAGGAAAAAGAAAAUGACAAUGAAUAAGAUAGCGAUUAGGAAAAAGAAUAAGAAAAAGAGAAGGCUAAAGAGAAAGAAAAGGAAAAAUAAAAAAGCGGACCAUUAGAGAUUCCUCCAGAUGAUGAUGAAGAACCUGUUGAAGGGGAAUUAGUUAAAACAGAAGGUAUUGGGGCUUCAUCUGAUGGUAGAAUAGGAAAUUAAUAGACAUAAUAANUAUUAUGGUUUUUUAAUAUUUGAAGCCAAAACAAAGGAAUUUUUUUUUCAUAACAGGUAGCCUUUAAUUAUAAGAAGGAACAAUUGAUAUGAAUUAAUGGUUACAUGAUUAUCUGGUUAUCUCUUCUCUUUUCUCAUUCAUAUUUUCUUUAAUAUUUUAUUUAAAAACGGAUAGAUAAAAGAUGAAUAAAGUCAUCUUAACACUAAUGAUAAUUGCAAUAACCUAUGCAACUUAAUCAGAGAUGAAAUCCCAGCAUUUUAAAACUCGAGAGAGUAGUAUUUGAUUAGUAUUUAUUUCAAGGCUUGAGCUUUUAAGAUGCCAAUGAUAUAAAUACAAAUAAAUUCACCUGCUAAAUGGGUUUUGACUUUUAUGAUUACACCAUCAUAGAGUUAUCUAAAUGGGCUGAUAUUAUUGAGCAUAGAGAUUAAUUAUAAAGGGAUUUAACAAUCAUUGAUUAAAUCAGUAGAUUGGUUGACAAGGCAAAACACAUAGACGAUAACUAAUAAUAAAGUAUGUAUGUUAAAAAUUUAGGAAUGUUCUUGCAAAUAACUGGAAGCCUAUAAAAUUCUUUAUUAGAUAUGACUAUUGCUUAAUUAAAUCAUUAAUGGGCUAGAGGAAAUCUAGAUUAAUGCAUAGAAUAUAUGAGAUAAUUCUAAAAUACUGUAGGGCAUACAGAGCGAGUUACUAUGGCAAAUAGAAUUAUGGAUUAUUUAGAAAACAUGAAAUAUUAAAUAAAUAGAAAUUUAAACGAAUGCGCUUAAUAUAGAUAAUCGACAAGAUUGCGUCAAAAAAUAAGGGAUUUGUAGAUGAGAAAAAGAGAAUGUCAAGAGAAUUAUAGCAGAAAUAAUCGAAGAGAUAUUAGUAAUUAAUAUCCAUACAAUAAAAAAAAGAAUUAUGAAUAUGAAUAAGAAUAAGAAUAUGGCUAGUAUCGUUCUAAUUAAGGUUCAUCUGUUACUUAAUAAGACAUCACUUAAAUUAAACCCAAUAGGCAUUAACCUUAUAACAGAUAACCAAUUUUUUAUAAUGAUGACAAUGUUUGCCCUUAGGGAGAAGAGGAUGAUUCACCAAAAAAUUUAACAGAGGAGUAGAAUGAAGAAAGAGUGGAAAAAGUGGAGGAAGAAGAACCUAAAGUCGAAUCACCAGAAGAGCAAGAGAUUGAGAUAGAACCUAGUCCGGAUAGUAAUUAAAUUAAAGAAGAAGAGGAGGAAUAAAAAUUAGAAAAUGAUUCAAAUUUAGAUGACAAAAAGCCAAGAGAAAUAAUAAUAGAAAGAGAAUUUGGCCCAGAUUCGGAACAUUAAAAUAAUUAUGACGAGCCAGAGGAAUGCACAGCUGAUGAAUAAACCGAUUUAGCAUCGGACCCUACAAACAAUAGUAACUCUGAGUAAUCAUAAUAAUAAGAGGAUGAGAAUGAAUAGGAGAUUGAUUAAGAAUAAAAUGCAAUAGAAGAAGACUAAGAAUAAGAUAAAGAAUAGGACAAAGAAUAAGAUAAUGAAUAGGAAAAAGAAGAAGACAAAGAAUAAGAUAAAGAAUAAGACAAAGAAUAAGAUAAUGAAUAGGACAAAGAAUAAGAAAAAGAAGAAGACAAAGAAUAAGACAAAGAGUAGGACAAAGAAUAAGAUAUUGAAUAGGACAAAGAAUAAGACAAAGAAUAGGAAAAAGAAUAAGAUAAAGAAUAAGAUAAUGAUUAAGACAAAGAAUAAGAUAAUGAAUAGGAAAAAGAAUAAGAUUUAGAAUAGGACAAUGAAUAAGACAAAGAAUAGGAAAAAGAAAAUGACAAUGAAUAAGAUAGCGAUUAGGAAAAAGAAUAAGAAAAAGAGAAGGCUAAAGAGAAAGAAAAGGAAAAAUAAAAAAGCGGACCAUUAGAGAUUCCUCCAGAUGAUGAUGAAGAACCUGUUGAAGGGGAAUUAGUUAAAACAGAAGGUAUUGGGGCUUCAUCUGAUGGUAGAAUAGGAAAUUAAUAGACAUAAUAAAAUAAUUAAUUAGAUAAGGAAAAAGAUAAAGAAUAAGAUAAGCAGAAAUCGUAGGAUAGAACUUCUGAUAAGGAAUAAGAUAAGCAGAAAUCUUAGGAUAGAACUUCUGAUAAGGAAUAAGAUAAGCAGAAAUCUUAGGAUAGAACUUCUGAUAAGGAAUAAGAUAAGCAGAAAUCAUAGGAUAGAACUUCUGAUAAGGANAGAACAACUGGAGUAUCAGGAUCUUCAUCGGCUUCAUCUUAAAAAUCUAGCUCAUCAAGCUCAUCGAAUUCUUCGGGUUCAUCAAAUUCCUCAAGUUCUUCAGGUUCAUCAAGUUCCUCAAGCUCAUCAAGCUCAUCAAGUUCUUCAAGUUCAUCAAGUUCCUCAAGUUCUUCGAGUUCAUCAAAUGGUUCUUCAAUAAGUAGUAGUUAAUCUAAUAAGUCUACUGGAGGUAGUUCAUCAACUUCGACCCAAAAUAAAAAUUCUCAAUAAGAAUCAUCAUCAUCAGAUUAUAAACCUCCUAGAUACGGAGAUGAUGCAAGUGAAGAGGAUGUCUUUGAAUAAGUUGAAGUGGAAGAGCCAGAUGGAAACGGAGGAGUGAAAAAAGUAAAAAGAAUGGUUAGAAAAAGAGUCAAAAAGACCAAAAGAACAACUGGAGUAUCAGGAUCUUCAUCGGCUUCAUCUUAAAAAUCUAGCUCAUCAAGCUCAUCGAAUUCUUCGGGUUCAUCAAAUUCCUCAAGUUCUUCAGGUUCAUCAAGUUCCUCAAGCUCAUCAAGCUCAUCAAGUUCUUCAAGUUCAUCAAGUUCCUCAAGUUCUUCGAGUUCAUCAAAUGGUUCUUCAAUAAGUAGUAGUUAAUCUAAUAAGUCUACUGGAGGUAGUUCAUCAACUUCGACCCAAAAUAAAAAUUCUCAAUAAGAAUCAUCAUCAUCAGAUUAUAAACCUCCUAGAUACGGAGAUGAUGCAAGUGAAGAGGAUGUCUUUGAAUAAGUUGAAGUGGAAGAGCCAGAUGGAAACGGAGGAGUGAAAAAAGUAAAAAGAAUGGUUAGAAAAAGAGUCAAAAAGACCAAAAGAACAACUGGAGUAUCAGGAUCUUCAUCGGCUUCAUCUUAAAAAUCUAGCUCAUCAAGCUCAUCGAAUUCUUCGGGUUCAUCAAAUUCCUCAAGUUCUUCAGGUUCAUCAAGUUCCUCAAGCUCAUCAAGCUCAUCAAGUUCUUCAAGUUCAUCAAGUUCCUCAAGUUCUUCGAGUUCAUCAAAUGGUUCUUCAAUAAGUAGUAGUUAAUCUAAUAAGUCUACUGGAGGUAGUUCAUCAACUUCGACCCAAAAUAAAAAUUCUCAAUAAGAAUCAUCAUCAUCAGAUUAUAAACCUCCUAGAUACGGAGAUGAUGCAAGUGAAGAGGAUGUCUUUGAAUAAGUUGAAGUGGAAGAGCCAGAUGGAAACGGAGGAGUGAAAAAAGUAAAAAGAAUGGUUAGAAAAAGAGUCAAAAAGACCAAAAGAACAACUGGAGUAUCAGGAUCUUCAUCGGCUUCAUCUUAAAAAUCUAGCUCAUCAAGCUCAUCGAAUUCUUCGGGUUCAUCAAAUUCCUCAAGUUCUUCAGGUUCAUCAAGUUCCUCAAGCUCAUCAAGCUCAUCAAGUUCUUCAAGUUCAUCAAGUUCCUCAAGUUCUUCGAGUUCAUCAAAUGGUUCUUCAAUAAGUAGUAGUUAAUCUAAUAAGUCUACUGGAGGUAGUUCAUCAACUUCGACCCAAAAUAAAAAUUCUCAAUAAGAAUCAUCAUCAUCAGAUUAUAAACCUCCUAGAUACGGAGAUGAUGCAAGUGAAGAGGAUGUCUUUGAAUAAGUUGAAGUGGAAGAGCCAGAUGGAAACGGAGGAGUGAAAAAAGUAAAAAGAAUGGUUAGAAAAAGAGUCAAAAAGACCAAAAGAACAACUGGAGUAUCAGGAUCUUCAUCGGCUUCAUCUUAAAAAUCUAGCUCAUCAAGCUCAUCGAAUUCUUCGGGUUCAUCAAAUUCCUCAAGUUCUUCAGGUUCAUCAAGUUCCUCAAGCUCAUCAAGCUCAUCAAGUUCUUCAAGUUCAUCAAGUUCCUCAAGUUCUUCGAGUUCAUCAAAUGGUUCUUCAAUAAGUAGUAGUUAAUCUAAUAAGUCUACUGGAGGUAGUUCAUCAACUUCGACCCAAAAUAAAAAUUCUCAAUAAGAAUCAUCAUCAUCAGAUUAUAAACCUCCUAGAUACGGAGAUGAUGCAAGUGAAGAGGAUGUCUUUGAAUAAGUUGAAGUGGAAGAGCCAGAUGGAAACGGAGGAGUGAAAAAAGUAAAAAGAAUGGUUAGAAAAAGAGUCAAAAAGACCAAAAGAACAACUGGAGUAUCAGGAUCUUCAUCGGCUUCAUCUUAAAAAUCUAGCUCAUCAAGCUCAUCGAAUUCUUCGGGUUCAUCAAAUUCCUCAAGUUCUUCAGGUUCAUCAAGUUCCUCAAGCUCAUCAAGCUCAUCAAGUUCUUCAAGUUCAUCAAGUUCCUCAAGUUCUUCGAGUUCAUCAAAUGGUUCUUCAAUAAGUAGUAGUUAAUCUAAUAAGUCUACUGGAGGUAGUUCAUCAACUUCGACCCAAAAUAAAAAUUCUCAAUAAGAAUCAUCAUCAUCAGAUUAUAAACCUCCUAGAUACGGAGAUGAUGCAAGUGAAGAGGAUGUCUUUGAAUAAGUUGAAGUGGAAGAGCCAGAUGGAAACGGAGGAGUGAAAAAAGUAAAAAGAAUGGUUAGAAAAAGAGUCAAAAAGACCAAAAGAACAACUGGAGUAUCAGGAUCUUCAUCGGCUUCAUCUUAAAAAUCUAGCUCAUCAAGCUCAUCGAAUUCUUCGGGUUCAUCAAAUUCCUCAAGUUCUUCAGGUUCAUCAAGUUCCUCAAGCUCAUCAAGCUCAUCAAGUUCUUCAAGUUCAUCAAGUUCCUCAAGUUCUUCGAGUUCAUCAAAUGGUUCUUCAAUAAGUAGUAGUUAAUCUAAUAAGUCUACUGGAGGUAGUUCAUCAACUUCGACCCAAAAUAAAAAUUCUCAAUAAGAAUCAUCAUCAUCAGAUUAUAAACCUCCUAGAUACGGAGAUGAUGCAAGUGAAGAGGAUGUCUUUGAAUAAGUUGAAGUGGAAGAGCCAGAUGGAAACGGAGGAGUGAAAAAAGUAAAAAGAAUGGUUAGAAAAAGAGUCAAAAAGACCAAAAGAACAACUGGAGUAUCAGGAUCUUCAUCGGCUUCAUCUUAAAAAUCUAGCUCAUCAAGCUCAUCGAAUUCUUCGGGUUCAUCAAAUUCCUCAAGUUCUUCAGGUUCAUCAAGUUCCUCAAGCUCAUCAAGCUCAUCAAGUUCUUCAAGUUCAUCAAGUUCCUCAAGUUCUUCGAGUUCAUCAAAUGGUUCUUCAAUAAGUAGUAGUUAAUCUAAUAAGUCUACUGGAGGUAGUUCAUCAACUUCGACCCAAAAUAAAAAUUCUCAAUAAGAAUCAUCAUCAUCAGAUUAUAAGCCUCCUAGAUACGGAGAUGAUGCAAGUGAAGAGGAUGUCUUUGAAUAAGUUGAAGUGGAAGAGCCAGAUGGAAACGGAGGAGUGAAAAAAGUAAAAAGAAUGGUUAGAAAAAGAGUCAAAAAGACCAAAAGAACAACCGGAGCAUCAGGAUCUUCAUCGGCUUCAUCUUAAAAAUCUAGCUCAUCAAGUUCUUCGAGUUCCUCUAGUUCUUCAGGUUCAUCAAGUUCUUCGAAAUCAUCAAGUUCAACAAGUGGGACGAAUUCUAACUCUAAUGACCAUACUUAAUCGUAAGUCAACCAAGAAUCUUCGAACAAAUCAAAAGUGAGUCAAUCAGUUGCAGAUAGAUUAACAUAAAAAUAUUCUGAAGCUGAAUCAAAAGAGCAAGUAUCAUCAUCCACUUCUGAUUCCAGAAAUAUUUAAAAUAGCAGCACAAAUAAAUAGUAAAUUGUAUCUGGAGGUUCAAGCAGCAGUUUAAAUACCAGUUCAGCUAAUAAAUCAAGCAGCAGUUCAAAUACCAGUUCAGCCAAUAAAUCAAGCAGCAGUUCAAGCAGUAGUUCAAGUAGCAGCUCUAGCAGUAGUUCAAGCAGUAGCUCUAGCAGUAAUUCAAGUAGUAGCUCUAGCAGUAGUUAAAAAUAAAGCUCAAGCAGCAAUGCAGGUAAUGCUAAGAGUUCUAGCAGUUCAAAUUCUAAUAAUUCCAGCUAAAAAUCUGCAUCUUCUUCCAGCAAAUAAUCCUCCUCAAAAGGCUCUUAAGGAUCAAGCAGCAAAUCAAACAAAAAAGUUGUGAAAACCGAGGAUGGAGAAGAAGUUUGGGAAGAAUUUUCAGUUGAGGAGGUAACAGAAUACACGAUAGACUCUGAAGGAAACAUGAAAGUUAUUUCGUAGACAAGUACAUAAAUUCCAAAAACAAAAACAUAUUACUUAAAUUCAAUAGGGGACUAAAAAAUAAGUCUUGAUAGUGAACAAAAUGAUGAAAAUAGUUUUUAAAACUCUUUAGAAAACUCUCAAAAUGGGUUUAAAUCUAGUAAUGAAACAUAGGAUCUAAACGAUUAAGGCGAUGAUUAUCUCUAUGAAAAAGACGGAGAUAAUUAAGAAGAGGAUUUAUAGGAAAAUGAAUAAAUGUUAGAAGAAGAUGGCCCUAAUAAUUUUUAAGAGUAGUAAAGUAAAAUAAUUGUAGAUCCAUAAUUAGAUGAAGAUUAAGACUAUAUUUAUUAUGAAAUAGAAGGAGAUUCAAUCAUUUAUUAUUAAUAUGAUCCUAUAAAGAAUGUUUACCAUAAGAUUAAUAUAGUUGAUCCGGAAUAAUAAAAAUCUCUUAUAAUAUAAGAUUCCUUAUUUGAUGAUGUAUUAGAUGAUGUGAUAGAUGAGAAUAAAGAUUAAAAAACAUUGCCAACAGAAGAAGCUAUUGAGUAAGAAAAAGUAAAUAAAUAAAAGCAAAAGGCUUAAGAAAAUGAAUAGAAUAAAGAGGCUCAAAGUGGCUUGCCAAAAGAAAAUUCUGAAAAUUAAGAAAAAGAUUCUUCAAAAGAAGUCUAAUUUAAAGAUAAUACAGAUUAGGCUAAAGUUAUAAAUAUCGAGGGAUAAGAAUAAAAAAAAUAAAAAGAAAAAUUGGUUUAGGAAGGGAAAUAAUUAUAGAAUUCAGAUGAUUAAACAGAAGAUAAGAUAGGAAACGGUGUUAAGGAUCUUAUUAAAGAAGAAAAAGUUAAAAUAGAUGGUAUAAGUUCUGAAAAAAAUCAAAUGGAAGUGAAGGAUGAGAAAGAAAAAUCUUUAAAAAUUUAAUCAUUGAAAGAGGAGUUCAAUCCUAAUGAACCCACUUAAUAUGAACCACCAAAACAUAAAGUUAAUGUUAGACCAAAAACAGAGAAGGUCAAUAUACCAGUAUCUACAAAAUAUGUGAAAUCUUCGUAUGAUGAUGAUGUUGCUGAAUAAUUUGAAUUUGCAGACAGAGAGCUACUUUAAGAUUCCGAUGAAUAUGGAUAUGGAUUUUGGGUGAGAUACACAUCAAAUUCUCCAAAAGUACAUGUAAGAAAACCAGAAACCUAUUACUUUUUAUCUCGACUAACCUCAAAUCAAGAAUACAAAGACUUGGCUUAUUAUGGAGAUAGAACUUUAGCUAUAUUUAUGAUAGAAAACUCCUUUGUUUUUUCCACCUAUGAUCAUUAAGAAAAGAAAAAAGUAAAAGACUAGGUUGUGGCCUUAAAUGAAGAUUUAGACAGCAUGUGGUACUUCAUCACAUUUUCAUACAGCACAGCUAAAAAAACAGCAGUAGGAUUUGUAAUUGGUUAUGGAGAUAAUAAUAAAAUUUUGAGGGCAGAAAUUUAAUGCAGACAUGUACCACCAUAAUACUUUAAAUUAUUGAUUGGUGGAAAACAUAUGACAUAUGAAGGAUUUAAUGGUCAAUUUGCAAAUAUCUUUUAUGAUAUUGAUGCUCCAGCCUUUGUAGACACAGAAGCCAAAAUAAAAGAAAUCAUAAAGUCCAUUUCAAAUGCACCUCAAUAAGUUACAAAUUUAAUUGAUUUAGAAGUUAUAUCAACUCCAAAAUUAUUUAAUGCUAAUACAGCAAGUGAUUCAGUCAUAUUGGAUCCAUAAGAGUCUUAAUUAAUAAUUGAAGAAUACAGCGUUGCAGCUUGGUUUAGAUGGAUUGAUGACUUAAAAGUGGAUACUGAGAAUACUUUCUAAAUAUUUAAUUUAAGAUCAAAUGAAAAAAAGUCGUAAGGAAAAGGAAUUUUAGGGGAUAGAUCAUUAGAAAUGCAUUAUAUUUAUGGAGGAGGAUCUAAAAGUUCUGUAUACUUUAAUACUUAUACGAUUGAAGGUAAUAAGGCAAAAGGAUCAAGUUAUUUAUCAAAAACAGCGUAAUCUCCUAAUUAUAUUUGGUAAUACGGCUACAUGGCUUAUGAUAAUGAUAAAAUGAAAGUUUAUGGAGCAUUAAUAAGACCAGGAAGAUCUGAUGAGAUUGCUUUCGACCCAAUUCAACAUAAAUUGAUAACAAAAUUAUACUUCACUCUAGGAGGAGACGAUUAUGUUUCACCAUUUAAUGGUAAAAUUGGGUAUGUAGGAGUGUACUUAGGACCUGGAGCAUACAGAUAAGCACUUAAUUUUGGUUAAUAAUUUUAAUAUGGAGAUGGUGCAAUGAACGUUUUUUAAUUAAUGAAACCAAUUCAAUAUAAAGAAGAUGCUUUAGACCCUAAUGUAGUAAGAGAUUGCGCCUAUGAUACCGAAAGCGCAUUGGUGGACAAGAUUCUGAUUCAUGAUGACUAGAAAUUAAGAAUAAAUGGCUAAAGUGAAUAUUCAUUUGGUAUGUGGACAAGAUGGUUGAGUACAAUGCCUAAGUAUUUGGUCUAAAGAGGAGCAGUUCAUAAUAUUGCUAGAUUAGGUACAGAGCCUUAUUUGAUUGAAUCAGUUGAUGGUAAAUUAAAAAGAGCAAAUAAUAGAGCAUAAACACCAAAGGACUAAACUUUGGCUGUAACCUUAAGCAAAGAAGCAUAUGAAUUUUAUACCUAUAAUGCGAAGGAUGAAAUAGAAUUUACAAAAUUAGAAGGCUGGUGGAAUUAUAUUUACUUUGGGUAUAAAAGAUUUGGAGAUAAGGGAACAGCGAGAGGAUAUGUUUAAUUUGGUGUAGAUGGAGAGAUAAAGGAGGUUUCUUUUGAUAUUUAUCAUGAUUAUAUUUUGGAAUAUGCUGAAUUUGUAGUUGGUAAGUCUUAGGCUCCUUUCUUUAAUGGUUAAAUGACGAAGAUACAAUGUUCAAUUGGGCCAGGAGCAUUUGUGCCAAGUGCUGAUAAUCUGAGACUAUAUACUUAAAAUACAUUACCUGAAAAAGCUUAAAUACAUCCAGUUUCAAGAUAAACUCAGUAAUUAAUUGGUGUUCCAGUCAAUGAGCCUUCCAAUUAAUUUUAAUUUGAUAAAUUUUAAGGAGCUUUAGAAUAUGCAAUUUCAGGUUGGGUGAAAUGGAGUGGUAUCCAGAAGUUUGGUAAAGUGUCACAUAUUAUCACGAUGGCAUAGAAGAGAAUAGCAGACUUGGAUGGAAAAAAUGAGGAAACUCUAAAGAUUCAGAGAUCUGAUUUAUCAUAUAUUUACUCAACGUAUAAUUGCAAAGGCGAAGAUUGUUCUAAAAUUUAAAUUAAAGAAUAAUAAUUUGGAGAGUAUUGGGAUUAAUGGACUUAUGUAUAUUUUGGUUAUUCAACUUCAUUGAAGAAAGCAUUUGGUUAUAUCAAGUAUAUAUUUAGUGAAGACAAAUUUUUGUUGGAUGAUAUUAAUCAUUUUUAUUUGGCCGUUUUCAGUGUAUUAAUAGGAAGUGAAUCGGUUAAAUUUUAAGGUUAAAUGAAAACAUGGGUAAUUAAUAUUGGAUAAGGAUCUUAUAGAGAAGGAGGAUUUGAGAGCGAUGAAAAUAUUAAGGUUCAUUUUGGAUUUAUAAGUGGAACUGAUCACAUUAAAUUAUAAUAAGCAGGAUAAGAGGCUCACCAUGAAGAAUAAGUUCUUGAAUGUUCAGCAAACGGCAAAGAAGUUCCUUUGCAUGUACAAUUUGAAUAAAGUGAUAAAUUAAAUCUUUAAGGAGUAAGUGAAUAUGGUUAUGGAUUUUGGGCUCGAUUUUAACAUUUUGCGAAUAAAGGCGUGUUAUACUAAUAGCCAUAAUGGAUGGGUAUGGCUAGAUUGACAAGUUAAAAAGAUUAUAAAGAUUUUGAUCAUCCAGGAGAUAGAGUGCUGUUGGUGUUGAUGGGCAAAAAUGUUUAUCACUUUUCAACUUACAAUGUACAACCAGCCUCAAAUAAUGUGAAUGGAAAUAUACCUUAUGCAAUAGAAUCAGAAAGUGAAUGGACAUACAUUUAUUUUAGUUAUAAGAGAAUUUCCUAGACAUUAGGACACGCAGUGGCCUUUACUUCUUUUGGAGAAAUCACACCUGGUAUCUAAAUGGAUGUAUUACAUAACUUACUUUAAAAUUAUUUGUAAUUAACAAUUGGACAUGCAGGUAAAUAUUAUCCAAACUUUAAUGGGCAAAUCACAACGGUAAGAUUCAAUUUAGGACCUGGAGCAUUUAUUGAAAAUACAGCAGGGAUUAUGGCUAGGAUAAAGAAUAAAGAUCCAAAACCAGAUAUUUUGUCAGUUCCUAAGAUCUAUGAAAUAUUUGUUGGUAAACAAGAUGCUACAAAGCUUAAAAUUGAUAAUCCUGUCAUUAUUGAGUAAGAAGCAAGAGAAUAUUCAGUUUAAUUAUGGUUCAGGUGGUUCAAGACCCCAGUUAAACCAAAUUAAGUGGUUUAUAGAUUAUCAGCUAAUAGAGCUGAAAAUGAUGCCUAGAAGAUUGGUGAUAAGGUAUUAAUGUUAUCUCAUAUUGGAACUGCUUUAUUUAGUACUUACACUCUGCAAGAUUAAAUUAUGAAUGUUCCUUUUGAAUGCAACAUACCAAGAUAAUCGCUUGAAAUUUGGACUUUUGCUUAUUUUUCUUAUUCAAAGAAGGAAAGAAAAGUAUAAUAUUAUUUGAAAGCUGAUGCUCAUGAAAAUAAAGGAUUGGAACCUAUACUACAUGCCGUAUCUUCUAAGUUUUGGUUGUAUGCAGGAAGAGAUGGUUAAUUGGAAAACUUUAAUAGUAGAGUGGCAUAAUUAACGUUGAAUUUUGGUGAGGGAUCUUUUCGUAAGGAAAACUUUUUAUAAUUGCCAGUAUAUUUGUUAUCUACAAAACUAUUUUCAUAAGAAAAGAAGAAUAAUUGGGAGAAUGCAGGAAAGAUAGUUUUUGGUUAACCUUAAACUGUUAAAUUUGUAGAUGAACCAGAUAAACCAAUUGAAUCAAUGUAGGAAUAUAGCAUAGGAUUUUGGUGCAGGUUUUUAUAAGCAUGGCCUGAAAGAUUGUAUAAGUUAUAAUAGGAAAUGUAAUUAGUUAGAUUAACCUCAAAUGAAUAGAUAGAGGUUGGUAAAGUAGCAAUGGGAGAUAGGAUAUUGGCUUCUCAUGUUAUUUAAGGUCAGUAUCAAUUUUCUACUUAUGAUUUGAAUGAUGAUGCACCUAAUGAACUAAGAACUAUACCAUAUUCUAAAUUAGAAGGAUAAUGGAAUUAUAUCUACAUGGGUUAUUAGAGAGUGAGCUAAUUAGCUUCAUAUUUUGUUUAUGAUGGAAAAGAGAUUCAGUAGGUUAAAAACUAAGAUUUAUUACACAAGCCUAUGGGAGACUUCGUUAUUUUACAUUUAGGAGGUGAACCAGAUAUCCCAGGAUUUUAAGGACUAAUGUGCAAGAUAUCAGUAAAUUUCGGAGUUGGAUCAUUCUUUGGUUUGGUAGAAGAUGUAAAGAAAACAAUUGAUAAUUCAUUUGCCCUUGAUUAAUAAUUGACUGUGGAAUUUAUUCAUAAGGAAAAGCAUGGUUAAUAAGAAUUAAUUGGCAAAUAGGAAACAGUUGCCGAUGAUGUCGGAGGAGCUGAAUUGAGAGGGGAUACUUGGUCAUAGGUUGGUGAAUAUUCAAUCAGUGGAUGGCUCAAAAUUGCUGAACUUAAAGGAUAAAAUGCCAACGAUUGUUAAAUCUUAUUUAGAGUUACUAAUAAUGAUAAGGAGCAUUUGAAUGACAAAAGAUUUUAAGGUGAUAGGACUCUUUAUGCCUCUAUUUGUGUGGAUUCCAUUAAGUUAUCCACUUACACCAUACACGGAUUGAAAGAUUGGAAUGAAGCCAAGUUCUUGGAAGAAAAGGUGGAUCUUGGUCAUAAUAAGAAGGCAUGGAUAUAUAUUUAUAUGGGAUACAAUGAAGAUAUAUCAGAGGUUCACGCAUUGCUACAUUUAUUCGAUCAAGACAAGCCCCUUAUUUUCAAAGGAGUUUAACAUUAUGUACCACAUUAUACAGGGAUCUAUGUAGCCAAAGAUCCAUUCACUAAAAGAUUCUAAGGUGAUCUAUAAAAGUGGGUAGCCUAAUAUGGUUCAGGUGCUUUCAUUAGUAUUUAAAAGAGAGGUUAUGAAGAUAUGUUGACAAAUUAUAGAGCUUUGGCAACUAACUAGAAAUAUAUGUGGUUUUCUAAAGAAGAAGGUGUAAUAGAAACAGAAAAAGCUAUAACAUAAGUCUUUACUACUGAAGUUGAAUCUGUUGAUGAAUAUUCUAUAGGUGUUUGGACCAGAUGGUUAAUUUCCUUCCCAACUACCCUUACUGAAAGAUAUGAAAGACAUAAUAUUUUCAGGUUCUCUUCUAAUAAAGAGGAUUAGGACAAAAGCGAAUUGGGGGACAGAGUAUUGGCGGUAUUUUUAACUCUUGGAAAUUAUGAAUUUAGCACUUAUGAUGUUCUCAAACCAUCUAAUGCAGUUGAUGCCAAACUACCAUAUAACGAAUUAGAAGGUGCUUGGACAUAUAUUUAUGCAACUUACAAAACAGGAUAAUUCUAUGGAAUGGUGUUGUUUAGAGAAUAGUAAAAAGCCUAACAUAUUGAAUUAUAAGUCCAACAUAAGGCUUUAACUGGCUAUUCCAAGUUUGUUUUAGGAGCUAAAGAGUUUGGAUUCAGAGGAUUUCAUGGAUGGUUAUUUGAUCCUAGAAUCUUCCUGGGUUAAGGAUCAUUCAUUAAUGAAGGUUAGAAAGUUGUUGACAUGGUACUCAAACUGCAUCGUAAAUUACCUGUCCAACCUCUUGAUGCUGAAGAUUUUAAGUGGCCUGUCUAAUUAAUAGACACGACUCUUGAAGAUGAAAUCAACAACAAAAAAGAUAAAUUUUCAUUUGUAUUUAAUGAUAAACCAGGUUUGGUUGAAUACUCAUAUGGAUUCUGGAUGCAAAAUGCUGUCCUAACACCUGAAUUAAAAGAUGAAUACAGAGGCCUUGUAAGAUUAUCAACAAAUAACGAAGGCUCUGAUGAAAGAUAUAUUGGUGAUAGAACUCUUGCUUUUUUUACAAAGACUGAUGAGAUAGUGGCUAGUACUUAUACAAUUAAAGAUCCUACUUUUGAACCAGUUACGCAUACAUUCAAACUCAUACCUUAUUAAUGGUCUUUUGUUUAUUUCGGUUAUAUUCCUGGAAGGGCAAGAGCCUAUAUUUUGGGAAUUAAGGGACCUGAAGAAUAAAUAUUGAAUGUAAAACAUGCCAUUCCAAAUGCUUUCUAUCUUAAUUUAAUUAAAGAUUAAUCCCAUCCUUUAUUUUUUGUAAAUAAUUUAUUUAAUUUUAGGGAAAAUUCUAUGGAUUUAAACUAUUAUUUGGAUAAGGCAGCUAUCUGGCCAAUCCUUAAGAAAUUAUAGAAAAAUGGCCUUAUGAUCCCAAAGCAUUGCCACCUCCUCCAAAAUAAGAUGAAAAAAUCCUGUCAUUAAAUUCAGCCAAAGUAGAUAGGGCAUAAAAUAAGGAUCAUGAAAAAUUUGAAGAAUGA